AUGAGUCAAGACAUAACCGAAUUGAAAGCCUUUAAGGAAGAAGUAAAUUCUAACUUGCAAAACCAAGGAGCUGCCAUCCAGAAGCUAGAAAAUCAAAUUGGGUAUUUGUCUAAGCAAACCCCUGGGCCAAGCGUUUCUCAUGCUGCCAAGGCUAUUGCAAGGGAAGAAUGUAAAGCCAUAACACUCAGAAGUGGAAAGAAGCUAAGGGAGAUCUCAAAGGAAACCACAGAGGAUGAAGCAAAGGAAAAUGUGAGAGACAAGGAACAGGGACAAUCUUUUACACCGUCUGCAACAAAAGAAAAAGAAAAAGAAGUCCUGAAGCCUUAUACACCCAAAGCACCAUAUCCUCAACCUUUCAAAACACCAAUUGGAAUGUCUCCUUACCAACUAGUAUAUGGAAAGGCUUGCCAUUUGCCACUGGAGUUGGAGCACAAGGCAUUCUGGGCCUUGAAACUCUUAAACUUGGACAGCAAAGCUGCUGGAGAAAGAAGGAUGUUGCAAAUUCAAGAGUUGGAAGAAUUCAGAGCUGACGCUUAUGAGAAUGCCAAAAUUUACAAAGAAAGAGCAAAGAAGAAGCAUGACAGCAACAUAGCCCCAAGGAAAUUUGAAGAGGGACAAAAAGUAUUGCUCUGCAAUUCUAGGCUGAAGCUAUUCCCAGGGAAGCUAAAAUCAAGGUGGUUUGGACCAUUCCUUGUCACCAAGGUCUCCCAAUAUGGACAAGUAGAAAUCAUGGAAGAAAAGUCACAAAGAACCUUCACUGUGAAUGGUCAAAGACUCAAACAUUACUUGGGAGAUGUAGAGGAGAAGGACAAGGUUAAAUAUCACCUCAACUGA